CACAUGUUCAUGACAAGCCGGCCACCAACCUUGAACGUGUUAUAAGCUUUCCCGUGGGCAUUUUGGCUCAAGCCGCUCUGGCUCCAGAGCAGGCAGGGCCAACACCCGAGUCCCAGCCGCUCAGCGAGCACUCUGGCCACACCCCCGCGCGCUCGGUGGCCCAACCACACCCAGGGCCACUCGCGCGACGGCUCGGCCGCCGCCUGGCGCCAUGCCCCGUGGCCUGCCACUCGUGGGCCUUGGCGCUCCUGCAGAGGGCGCCGGCGGCCCUGCUGGGCCCGGCACGGGCGUCCGCGGUGGGGCGCGCGCGGGGCCCUUGGCGUUCUGCGAGCUGCGUUCUGCGAGGGCGCCCCCGGCGGGCGUGUCCGGCGCGCCGGCGGCGGCGCCGUUGCCGCCAGAGGCGGGCAGCGAGUGCGGCCCAAGCGGCAGCGAGUGCCCCAGCACCGACGGCAGCGGCCACGGGGCAGCCGGCUCGGGGGCGUCCGUCCUCUCCAGCCUGCAGGACUCCAGCGCCACCCUGAGCGAGCACGUGCCCGGUGAGCCGACGAGGACGCUCAUAGGGAGGUCGGACAUGCCGGAGGCCAUUCGCCUCUCCGCCAUCCUCCAGUGCCCGCGCGACGGCGAAGGCAAGUUCUUGAGCCUUGGCGCGGCCAAGCACGCCGUCGGGAAGUGCACCCCGUGCAAGUUCGCGGUGUCGAAGAGGGGCUGCAAGGACGGCAUCCUGUGCAAGCUCUGCCACGCGACGCACGAGCUGACACGGUCGGGCAUGAGGCGCGUGGCGAGGCGCAACGGCCUCGAGAGGAGGGCCCUCUUCGAGAGGCCGCAGGGGCCGGGCGGUCGGAUUCCAGCGGAUCUCGUGAAGAACACCUUCGUGCACGUUCCGCACGCCUUGGAGGCGCCCUCGGGCACUCGCUCCGUGCCCAGAGAGGCGUGAGACGGUGCGCGCAGCGGCCGCGGGAGGCGCGCGCCGCAGCCUCCCGGCCCGGCGCUGCCAAGAGCGGCCUUUUGCCCAGAAGGUCCAGAGAGAUGUCGGGCCUUUCCGUGGCAGGGGCAGGGGCCCCGGUAUAGCAGGGGCCUCGAGCCUUAUCAUUUUCGCGCCGCUCCUUCCCCCGUCUUAUCAUUUUCGCGCCGCUCCUUCCCCCCUCCCUCCCUCCUACCUUCUGAUCCCUCCCUCUACCUUCUGACGGCCGCACCGCGCGUGGGACCCGCAUCAUUCAUGGAUGCCGGCGAACAUUUCCUGCGCCGCCCAGUGGAUCCUCGAGAAACUCUGCAAGAAUUAUGUGGUGUUCUUCGGGCACCGAAAACAGUACAUGAGGUGCUGCACGGUGGCUGCUUAGAGGGCGACCGCAUCUGCCCGCAUCGCCUUCGCUGCGGGGGGGGGGUCCCUUUCCCGUUGCCGAGCGCAUGGCUGCGCACAUGCAAUUGUGCAUACCUACAGCAAAUACACAGUUCCCUUGCACGCGGAUGUGGCCAGGGUAGAGAGCCCGCCUGCGUUCAUCAUAGAAGCUUGCCUGCAUCUAUCCAAGCAGAGUCCCCUUGACACGUGCGACUGGCCAACCUAGGGGUAGAGGGAUAGAGGGG